UUCCAACUCAAUGCCCCACGUUUUCACAAUGAGGCACAAUUCCGCUCAGCCUUGAUCGAGCCUACCAUCCGUGUCUUGGCAAAAAAGGCGAAUGGUCUCUUCCUAUGGGCUCAACUCGCCUUUGAAGUCUUUUUGUCGGCGGAAAAUCCUACAAAGUCAUUGCUCAACCUGGUAGAAGAAGAUGCGUUGGCAACAAUAGACGGGUUGUAUCUAGAGAUGUUGCUCUUGAUACAGGUCAAGUUGGAUCGCAAAGACAAAGAGUUGGAUAAGGAGCUCCUAUCAACCUUCAAUCCGUCGAAGGGAGAUUGGGCAGGACAGGUUAAGAGACCCUUUCUGUCGGGACCAUUGCAGAAUUUACCGGCUUGGGCCUCGAACGUACGUGGGCACUCUUGCAGUACUUGCAUAUCGUACUCGACAUCUGUCCACGAGGAGAUACCGUAUAUCCAUCGAGACCAUCCGAACGGCGUUACUCCAUGUCCCGCUCCAACAUUGCGCUCCCCAAUUCACCUAACUCCCCCAGCAGCCCUCUUCCUUCUACUAGUCCAAAGCAAAUCGAGUACCUCUCUCAAUGCUGGUUCUACGCCAUUUACAGAUAUACCAUUCCCCAUGCCUUCAGGAGAACCAGAUACGUCGAUGGACCUCAUUAAAACAGCGGGUUUGUCGACUGCCUUCCCAGGACAGUCUGGUCCGGAUUUGAGGAGUGGUGCGCUUGUCCGUAUCAAGCAUGCUACAUUCCGAGAAUGGCUAUGUCAAAGUCAUCCCCCGACCUUGAUUAGCAGUCUUAUCGGUGCUUCAGUUGACGAAGAGGAGGAUUUGCGAUUUGUAGUCGCCCCGACAGAGGAAGUUGGCCAAGCAAUGUUGGCUAAGGGCAGUUUAGGUCUGCUUACUACCAGCGCGGCUUCUGCUGCCUCUCUGGAUUCUCAUAAAGACGAUGCUGACAAGCCAGUCGACGGCAAACCCAAAUCUGUCAAGGAUGGCGAGAACACUCAGCAGGAAGAAAUGCUUGACUAUGCGGGUCGAUACUGGCCUGCCCACUGUGCAUCCCUCAUUUCUGCUCUUCACUCAGUCGAUGAAAGCGCCAUGUAUGCCAACUCGACCAUGACCCCAGGUUCUCGUUGGUACGACCUUCGACAAGAUAUGUUGCAGUUCUUGAAGACAAACUUGCUGUGGUGGGUUGAUACCUGCUGCUCCAAGAAGUGGAUCAAACAGGCGCGUUCUGGUAUGGUGGAAUUACGAGAGGUGUUGCUGGAUGUAAUUCCCGAAGAAGAUCUUCAGGCGGAUAUAAAUGACUUAACUCAAUGGGUUGAGGAAGCCAUUCGUCUCCUUGAUAGUCCCAGUGGUGCUUCUUCUAUCCCAAUUGAUAAUCGUACCGACGAUCACUCCUUGAUCUGGAGACAUUACAGUACAGAGCUUGUGCGCAGAGAAGAGGCAUUGGAGAUACUAAGGAGAGAAGAAGAGAGGCGCAAGCGAGAGGAAGAAGAUCUCAAAGCUCGAGAAGAGGAAGAACGCAGAAUCCGUGAAGAAGCUGAACGUAAAGCCCGGGAGGAAGCUGAGCGAAAGGCUCGAGAAGAGGCAGAACGUAAAGCCCGAGAGGAAGCCGAACGUAAAUCCCGCGAAGAAGCAGAGUGCAAAGCUCGUGAGGAGGCUGAACACAAAGCUAGGGAAGAAGCCGAACGCAAAGCAAGGGAAGAGGCCGAGCGUAAGACUCGUGAGGAGGCUGAGAGAAGAGCACGAGAGGAAGCUGAACGUAAAUCCAGAGAAGAAGCGCUCCGAAAAGCUAGAGAAGAGACCAAGCGGAUCUCGCGUGAAGCAACGGAACAAAAGGCGCGUGAGGAAGCUGAGCGUAGGGUACGAGAAGAAGCAGAACGCAAGACCCGAGAAGAGGCUUUACGGAUGGCACAACGAGAGGCCGAACGUGCAGCUCGGGAAGAAGCUGGACGUAAAGCAGCUCGCGACGAGGCUGAACGCAAAGUACGAGAGCAAGCUCAUAGGAAAGCUCAUGAAGACGCCGAACGCAUAGCCCGAGAAGUAGCCGAGCGCAGCAUUCAGGAGGAAGUUGCGCGCAUAGCCCAAGAGGCCGAGCGUAAAAUUCAAGAGGAGGCGGCUCUCGAGGCCCGACAAGAGGCUGAUCGAAAGGCAAAGGAAGAACUCGAACGCAAGCUCCUUAAAGAGGCAGAGGCACGAACUCGAGAGGAAGAACGAAGGAGGCGAGCGAUGCAAGAACAAAAAGAAUCAGCUACGCGUAAACGACGUGAAACUGAGGGUAGCGACCACAGAGUCCCUCAGGAAAGAGAAGCUGGCCCCAGGUCAGUCCUUCCAAGAGGACGAGCGAGAUCGGACGGGGCAUCUAUCACUAAUGCUGGUGUCCUAGAUCUUAAACUUCCCGAAGAUAUGUCGCUACUAGAUUCUUUUGCCGCGCUCUCUUUUGGAGAUGACUCUUUCCAAGUUGACUCCCCGACAACAGCCUCAAGAUCUAAAGUUCCUAAAGCUGCAUCAGAUUCCAAUACUGAUGGAGAUGGCCACCUCUCAACAGACAAAGAUUCCACACGUUCCAUCCCUGUAACUCCUACUUCUGAUCUUGAGCCUUCUAUUCCUACAUCUCGUGAUGAAACUGCCAAGAUUCGUCUGUACACCAGAUCACCUGCCCCUUCCAAUGCCCCAACUGUACGCCCUACACCUGCAGAGGCCAGUUCGAAAACCCCCAAACUGGACACAUUCAGAGCCACUAAUUCUAAUCCUCGUUCUGGUGCUGGACGAAGACCUGUUGCUCCUCAACCAGGCCACUCUGCGGUACACUCCGCCAUGGUGUACAAGGUCCCCCUCGAAUUGAACUCGCAAGGCCUCAACCAUGGGAGUCAAACCAAAGUAGGAGGAAAACUUCCAAUCCCGCAACACCCCAAACACAACCUUCUACAUCUAUUGAUCCUCAAGCUGAGGCCACAGCUACUUCUCCACGGUGAAUCCGGACAAGAGUCCUUCCCAGGACUCAAGAAUAUUCUAUCAAGUCUGAUUAAUAAACCGCCCCUCUCAAAAGGGGCAACUUUGUAG